AUGCUCACUGGCAGAGACGUGAGAAUACUCAGAUGGGCACUCAUCUUACUCUGUUUCUCUGGCGUUGUUGCCUUCAUUGCAUAUGCGACCCACACGACUUACAACGAGAUGUACAGCUCUCUGAUACCUCAAAAUGGAACAUCCUUCGCCAUCCCUCCUUUGGACAGUCGAAAUAUGGUUCCUGUUCCCGCGACGGCGGCGAUCGAUGCACGCUCUCUCAAAAAGAGCAAGCUUACUCCGAAAAUGAUAAUGUACAUCUCCGUGGCUGGUGUCGUAGCCCUUCUUUUCUUUGCGUCGAUCAUAUAUGGCCGCAAGGAUGAAAUAAUGGACUGGUUGAGAGGCCGGGGACCCCGUGCCCUAGCCCCAGCCCCAUCUCCAGUCCUCAUCAACUUGGAAGAUAUGACCGACGAAAUCAAGCGUGGGAGACGGAGGUCUGCCCCUGUGAUAUCAUUUUACGAAGAAGGGCAACAGCCCGAUCCUUGUUUACGAUACGGCGAGGAGCAAAUCGGAGAAGUGAGCCGAGCGAUCCCGCCCGCAUUCAUGAUUCGAGAGCUCAAGUUGCCGACCACCGUUCGCCCAUCGAGCGAUUCAGCAAAGUCGGCCCCGGCUGCUCUUCCCACUCAAGAGAUACCGAUUGAACGUGAGGACCUCAAUCCGCCGCGGACGCCGAGUCCAACUCCUAGCGGCGUUCCAACGGAGUUGACUCUCAAAGUCCCGAGGCAUCUAACACCGCCGAAUUCAGUGGCCAUGAGUAUUCCGUCGCUGCCGAAUCCAAAGAUUGUGCGCGCUCGGACACCGGAAUCAGAUGGCGUGAGCACUUUGUCACAGCCGAGUUCAGAGACUCUGAGCAAUUUCAGACUGCCUGAUUCAGUGUCCGUGAGCUCUUUGGAACGGACGAGUUCGGGAAACACGAAUAAUUCAUCAUAG